GAAAUAUACAAGCAGCAUGGGAUUCGUGAAUAGUCCUUGGCGACGUGGACUGGCAAGUGCUUCAUUCGGGCGUUCGCACUCACCACGGCGACAUGAACGUCAUGUCGUCGAGAUGGGGUCGAAUUGCUAGCAGCGCCUCCAGCUGUGUCGCCUUUAGAAACCCCUCGCGAAGGGUCUUGAAUGAAUCCGACGAGCCGGUCGCCCCCACCACCAUUCGCGCCAAGAUGGGGCAGUUGUGCAAUUUCUUGAACACGCGCAUUUCGUCGCUGUGCAGCACCGCAGCAAGGCUGGCUCGGGUGGAUUGCCGCGACGUGCCGACACGCAUGUGUGCGAGCCAGUGGGCUGCGUACAGAACCUCUUCGUGGCGCCAGCGACCCUUGCGGCGACCGCACAGCGCUAAAAACACACUCCCUUCGUCGUAGCCAAACCUGAUAAACGUGCCCCGCCAGUCGACUUGUCCUUGCUCGUCCAACUCGACCCGGAACGUCCGUCGGAGACGAGCGUGGUAAACAUGUCCGCACUGACGUUGCGCGAGUAACCGAGGCACGUCGGGGUCGUGUCCUUGCCGAAGCGCCGUGUGCUGAAGAGAUGCGAGAGGUGGCAGUUUUGGCAACCCCCUUCGUUGGCCGGGGUCGACAUAACCCGCCGAAGCCUCGUCGUCGCGGUGGAGAAGCAACUGCAUGUUGUUUUGUCGGUGUCGAAACCAGUUAUAAAACGGCAUCGAACAAGUCAUUCCAUGAGUGGCUCCGAAACGUGAGCUAUUCUAACUCUGUGCGGUAAGAAUAUCGGUUU